AUGGUGUAUGCCAGCACCUUGCUCUCCUUGCUGGCCCUGUCCACCGGGGCAUUGGCCAGCUACAGCAACAAUCUCAACUAUCGCAGUCCGUCACUUAAUCAUGCGCGCAUGGGAAUUGACCUCGACAUCGUCCAGCGCCGAAGCCUCUCCAAGCGUGAUGAAGCCCCUUUUAGCCCAUCGGACCUGAAAUUCACCCACAGUGUGGCCUCGGGUGACCCCUACCCUGACAGCGUGAUUCUGUGGACCCGUAUCGCGCCUUCGAUGGAGGCCGACAACACGAACGUCACGGUCUCGGGCGAUGUGCCGCUCUACAACCAUGAAACUGAGCGGUACAUCAAGGCGUCCCCUCACCCGAUCUGUCUAGACUAUCGUGUGUUUGCGGAUCAGAAUGGUACAAAGGUCGUCACAAAGGGUCGUGCCUACACCACUAGCGAUAUUGACUACACUGUCAAGGUCGAGGCGGAUGGACUGAAGCCCUUUACCACCUACUGGUACCAGUUCAAUGUCUGCAACUCGCGUAUUGUCAGCCCCAUGGGAAGAACAAAGACCGCUCCGAAGGGUCACACGGAUGAAGUCAAGCUGGCCGUCCAUUCCUGCAGCAACUAUCCCAACGGAUACUUCAACGCGUAUGGCAAUGUUGUGCGCAAGGACAACGUGGACUACGUGGUCCAUCUCGGCGACUAUAUCUACGAGUACGAAAACGGCGUCCCCGGUGUCGAUGAGCGCGCGGCUCAACCUCCUCACGAGAUCUUCACCCUGUACGACUACCGCACUCGAUUCAACCAAUACCGCACCGAUCCCGAUCUUUCGGCUUCGCACCAGAACUUCCCCUGGAUCAACGUGUGGGACGACCACGAAAUCGCCAACAACGGAUACCGCGACGGCUUCAGCGGCCUCCGCAACACGGAAGACUCCUUCCUGAACUAUGGCCCCCAGAUCAGCGUAGACCAGCGCAAGAUGAACGCCGUCCGAGCCUACUUCGAAUGGAUGCCUCUUCGCCAGGUCGACAUGGACGACGGCCUGCGCAUCUGGCGCUCGUUCAAGAUGGGCGACCUCCUCGACCUGAUCAUGCUGGACACGCGCCACUACGACCGCAGCAUCACCGACAUCGGCGACAACGAGGACUACAUCUACAUGAUCCACAACGACGCCGGCCGGUCGCUGAUGGGCGCGCGCCAGGAGAACUGGUUCUACCGGCAGAUGUCCGAGUCCGCGGCGCGCGGGACCAAAUGGCGCGUCGUCGGCAACCAGCUGCGCUUCACGCGGGUGGAGACGACCAGCGCCGACGACGGCACCGUCAGCUUCAGCCUGGAUAGCUGGGACGGCUACCGCGCGCACCAGAACCGCACCCUCAAGCACCUCUUCGACAACAACAUCGGCGACAACAUCAUGAUCGCCGGCGACACCCACGUCAACUGGGUGAGCGACCUUGCCUGGAUCGGGGAGCAUGACUAUGACGAGAGGACUGGAGCGGGCUCCGUGGGUGUCGAGUUCGCCGGCACGGCGGUCUCGAGUACUGGGUUUGGUGGCACGAUCAGCAGUGCGGAAGAGGAGGCGGCUGGCUACAAGGAGAACAAGGAGUUGCUCUGGACUGAGGGGUACUACCGCGGGUACUAUGAGCUGCAUCUGCGGCGGGAUGAGGCGGAAGCGAGGUUCUUCGGCUGUCCGACGGUGGCCACGCGCAAUGCUUGGGAGUUGCCUCUGGCGAACUUUACCGUCAAGCAUGGAGAUAGCCAUCUGAUGCGCCCUGUGGCCGGCGGGAAGGUGGAGGCUGGAUUCAUCCAGGAGGGUGAGGUCAAGCACACCAACUUGACUCUUAAUACUGAGACUGGGGAGUGGAGGGUUAUAGGAUAUUCUGCCGUCUGGUCAACAUUGCACCCUGUUGGGAAUCGUUUCAGUCUUUUUUAA